AUGGCAAUUUCAAAUGUCAAGGUUGAGGCAAAUAAGGAAGACAAUCAAGCCAUUGUGGACUCACCACCUGAGUCACUCGAUACCGCUUCCACAUUUGAUUUUGAUCAUGACCACAAACACUUUGAUUUGGAUGACAUGAUCAUUAAGGCUAUUAAGGAUGCAAUUCACGAUCACCAUUUGAAGGUUCGCGACGUGACUUCAGCCUCAGACUUUAACACAGAAGUUGAUACAGCGUCGACAUUUGAUUUUGACCACGACCACAAGCAUUUUGACUUGGAUGAUAUGAUUAUCAAAGCAAUCAAGGAUACUAUUCAUGACCAUCAUCUAAAAGUUCGUGACGGGAGCUCAAGCAUAGAAUCUGUGGCUGCUUCAGCUGAGGCCGAUAGUGCUUCAACUUUCGAUUUUGAUCACGAUCACAAGCACUUUGAUUUGGACGACAUGAUUAUUAAGGCUAUCAAGGAUUCAAUCCAUGACCAUCACCUUAAGGUUCGGGAUGAAACUUCUGCUUCAGAGCUCAAUACAGCGGAUGACACUGCAUCUACCUUUGAUUUUGAUCAUGAUCACAAACAUUAUGAUUUGGACGACAUGAUUAUCAAAGCAAUUAAGGAUGCAAUUCAGGAUCACCAUCUGAAAGUUCGCGACGAGACUUCAGCCUCAGACUCUAGCACUGAAGCUGAUACUGCAUCAAGUUUUGAUUUUGAUUACUACCACAAACAUUAUGAUUUGGAUGAUAUGAUUAUUAAAGUAAUUAAAGAUCAUUUGUUGGAACAUGAUAGCAAGAGUCAUAUAUUGAUGUUGUAA